GAAGAGAAAAUUGAGGUUAUAUGAUAUCCAUAUUAAAUAUCUAAUGGGAUGUCAUGGACAAGAUACAGCAAAUUUAUUUUCUGCUGCUCCAGAGACUACAACAUAACCAAUGGAUUCACAUUAUGAGGAAAAAGAUUACACCUAGAGAUCACACAGAAUUUCUUGAUGAUAAGAGCUAUUCAACAAUGAAACAGACUGCCUUGGAGUGGUGGACUCACCCACUUUUGGAGCUCUUUAAACAGAGGUUAAAUGCCAUCUUUCAAAAGGUGUAUAUUCCUGCAUGCCAGGGGGCUGGACUACCUGGCCCUUGCAAUCCCUUCUAACUCUAGGAUUCUGUGAUUCUGUCCCAGAUGUAUACUUCAGAUCUGGAAACUAUUUGAAUCGUGGAGCUAACAAUGGCAGAAAAUGUUCUGUCACAUCCUGGCUUGGACAAAGAGUCUGGGGAACAAUUCCUUCAGGAAGCAUUCCAGAUCAUGAUAGAAGAAGGUGUGCGAAAGGGAAUGGAUGUCUCUGAAAAGGUGUGUGAUUGGAAGGAGCCAGAGGAGCUGCAACAAAUUCUGGACCUGGAUCUCAGAGAUAGCGGAGAACCGAAGGAAAGAUUGUUGGAGCGUUGUCGGGAUGUUAUCAGAUACAGUGUGAAAACAUGUCAUCCACGCUUUUUUAACCAACUGUUUUCAGGGCUUGAUCCACAUGCUCUGGCUGGACGCCUCAUCACAGAGAUGCUCAACACCAGCCAGUACACCUAUGAGAUUGGUCCUGUCUUUGUUCUGAUGGAAGAGGUGGUGCUGAGGAAGCUGCGGGAACUAAUUGGAUGGGAGAAAGGAGAUGGAAUAUUCUGUCCUGGAGGCUCCAUCUCCAACAUGUAUGGCAUGAAUGUGGCACGGUACCACUACUUCCCAGACAGUAAGCAGAAGGGAAAUUGGGCAAUACCAAAGUUGGCAGUGUUCACAUCACAGGAGUGUCACUACUCCAUCCAGAAGGGAGCAGCUUUCUUGGGCAUUGGCACAGACAAUGUCUACCUUGUUGCAGUGGAUGAAAGAGGGAAAAUGAUCCCAGCUGACCUGGAGAAACAGAUCGAACAAGCCAAAUCUGAGAAGGCAUUUCCUUUCUUUGUCAAUGCCACAUGUGGCACCACAGUUCUAGGAGCCUUUGACCCCAUGGUGGAGAUUGCAGAAGUGUGUGCAAGGCACAGGAUCUGGCUCCAUGUGGAUGCUGCAUGGGGUGGCAGUGCCCUCCUCUCCCAAAGACAUCGGCAUCUUUUGGAUGGAAUUGAGAGGGCAGAUUCAGUGGCUUGGAACCCUCACAAAAUGCUUAUGACUGGGCUGCAGUGUUCUGCCUUCUUGCUCCAAGAUAGCUCUGGUCUAUUGCAGAAGUGCCACUGUGCCAAAGCAACUUACCUAUUCCAGACUGACAAGUUCUACGACACAAUUUAUGACAGGGGUGACCAAACCAUUCAAUGUGGACGCAAAGUAGACUGCUUCAAGUUGUGGCUGAUGUGGAAGGCUAACGGCACCAAGGGCUUGGAGCAGAGAGUGGAUAGGGCCUUUGCCUUCACCAGGUAUAUGGCCAAUGAGAUGAAGAAGAGAGAAGGUUUUCAGCUGGUGAUAGAGCCUGAGUUCAUCAAUCUUUGUUUUUGGUAUGUGCCACCUAGCUUGCGAGGACAGGAGGGUCAAACUGACUAUUCUCUGCAACUAGGAAAAGUUGCUCCUGUAAUAAAGGAGCGGAUGAUGAAGAAAGGGUCCAUGAUGGUGGGCUAUCAGCCGCAUGGCAACAGGGUCAACUUCUUCCGCCAGAUUGUCACCAAUCCAGCAGUCACCAGAGAGGACCUGGACUUCUUCCUGGAUGAAAUUGAGAGGCUCGGCAGGGAUUUGUAGCAGUUUAGCUGUGCUCCUUUCUCCUUCUCCCCAUAGCCCAGUGGUGUGAACCCUAAUGAAGACUUGGACUCCUUUUGAAAUCCAACAGCCUUUGUAUUUUUUCUCCACUCAUGAUUUUUGCAACUUUUGCAAAAAUCAAAUAAAUCUACAGUUCCCUAAUGACUCUAA